AAAAAAAAUGCCACGCACUACCUAACCUGCCUGCAACUAACUAAUUAAAUUUUUGUCCCGCCUCGUCUUAAUUUCCACCGGCGGCGAUCUUGGCAAAAUGGCGACGAGGAAACAGCCGCAGCUUAAGGUCGCCAUGUUCCCAUGGUUCGCCAUCGGCCACAUCACCCCGUACAUCCACCUCUCCAACCGCCUCGCCGCCCGCGGCCACCGCGUCCACUUCCUCCUCCCCGGCCCCACCACCCUCGCCAAGCUCGCCCCCCUCAACCGCCACCCCCACCUCAUCACCUUCCACCCAAUCGCCGUCCCCCACGUGGACGGCCUGCCACGUGGCGCAGAGACCACCGCCGACGUGCCCCCGCACCUCACCCCCUUACUCUUCGCCGCGUUGGACGCCACGGAGGACCAGUUCAGGUCCACCGUGUCGCGCGUGGGACCCCUGGACGUCGUCCUCUACGACUCGGCCAUGUGGGUCCCACGCAUCGGGCGUGAGCUCGGCUUCCUCACCAUGACCUACGGGGUCGUCUCCGCCGCGGUGGGGGCGCUCCGGCUGGUCCCCUCCGCGAGGCUCGCCAAGGGGAUGACGGACGAGGAGAUGGCGAGGACGCCGCCGGGCUACCCGCCGCAUUCGGCGGUGGUGCCCCGGCCCGACGAGAUCAAGCAGUCGAGGAUCUUCGCCGAGAAUUUCGGUUCGGUCUCGCUGUACGACCGGAUCGUGACGUCAGUUUCGGGCGGCGACGCCAUGGCGCUGAGGACCUGCUGGGAGCUGGAAGGCGUGUUUGUCAAGUACAUGGAGGAGCAGUACGGGAAACGGGCCUUGCUGACUGGGCCGAUUCUGCCGGAUAGGGAUCACAGGCUGGGCCUGGACGAGAAAUGGGCCGCAUGGCUGUCGAAAUACCCGCGAGGAUCGGUGGUGUACUGUGCGUUUGGCAGCGAGAGCCUUCUCCAAAAGGACCAAUUCCAAGAGCUUCUCCGGAGGGUUCGAGUUAUGUGGGAGGCCUUUUCUGGUGGUGCUGAAGCCAUCGGAAGGGUGCGCGACGAUGGAGGAGGGGUUUCCGGAGGGUUUCGCGGAGAGGGUGAUCGACGGCGAGGGAGGGAGAGGGUUGGUGUGCGGUGGGUGGGUGCCGCAGCUGCAGAUUCUGGACCACCCGUCGGUCGGGUGCUUCGUGAGCCACUGUGGGUUCGGUUCGAUGUGGGAGUCGCUGCUGAGCGACUGCCAGAUCGUGCUGGUCCCCAAGCAGAACGAUCAGAUCGUGGGGACGAUGUUGAUGACGAAAGAUUUGAAAGUGGGCGUGGAGGUGGAGAAGGACGAGGAGGGUUGGGUGAGCAAGGAGAAGUUGAGUGAAGCCAUUGAAAUGGUGAUGGAUGAAGGGAGCGAGAUUGGAAGGGUGGUGAGGGAGAAUCAUUUGAAGCUGAGGGAGGUUUUGGGGGAUGGGAAUUUGCAGGAGAGGUACCUUGAUGGGUUUGUUUGUCAACUCUAUGACCUGCUCGAAAAAUGUUAAGGAGUUUCUUCGACGUGUCAUGUUUUUUUUAUUGGGUUGUUUCUUCAUUUCGUCGGCGCUACUUUCCAUUUGGCUUGAAUAAAAUUGUAACAUCUUUGAUUCUUGAGUUCAGAUUUGACAAAUAAUAAAAGUACGAGUUGGAUCGAAGAUUAUCUGUGAGAAAUGGAACUUGCAUAAAAAAAAUUUGUGACGUUCGGAUUGCGGAGCACAAAGUUAUGGUCCUCUAAAGUUUGACGAAUAGAAAAUUUGCUCGUUCGUGGUAGCAAACAAUGUUUUUCGAGACGAAGGCGAGACCAAAUUGCCUACGACGUUUGCGGAUUGCAAGAUCUCGAAAAAGUAUGUGGAAUAAAAAAAAAUU